UUAGCAAAUGGAAAUCGAACGUCAGAGGGAAGAGUGGAAAUAUUUUACAAUGGUACAUGGGGAACUGUGUGUGACGAUAGCUGGGAUCUGAGGGACGCAGUUGUUGUAUGUCGCCAACUGGGAUAUCCUUCAGCAUUAACUGCCAUAGGAAGAGCCUCGUUCGGUCCCGGAAUUGGAACAAUAUGGCUAGACAAUGUUGAAUGCCGGGGGAGCGAAAGUUCCAUUGACAUGUGUCAACAUAAUGGCUGGGGAGACCACAACUGUGUCCAUGGUGAAGAUGCAUCAGUCGUUUGUGAAGGUUAG